CUCCUUCAGUACAGGUCCUUCAAUAAGGUGCAAGAUGAAGUACAUCCUCAUCUGCAUGGCACUUUUUCUGCCUUACAGCUUCACCAUCCCAGUAGCUCUCGAUCCUGAAGAACCAAGCAUUGACAAUCUGAAAUUUCUAGAGAGUUAUCUCGAUAAGUUCUUCCCAUCAUAUCAUAAAGCCAGCAGCCGUAGCCUGGAAGAGCAACUCAAGGAAAUGCAGCAAUUCUUUCAUUUGACUGUCACGGGAAAAAUGGAUAAAGAAACUAUGAAUGUAAUGAAGAAACCUCGGUGUGGAGUCCUAGAUGUCUCAGAAAACCACAAAUCUGCAGGGGUAUCAAGAUGGGGAAAGAAUCUGCUGACUUACAGGAUUAAUAACUACACCCCGGAUAUGCAUAAAUCAAAGGUGAAUGAAGCGAUAGCAAUGGCAUUCAAGGUGUGGAGUGAUGUAACCCCACUGCAGUUCAAGAGAACUUUUGGACCUGCUGAUAUUGAAAUUUCUUUUGCAUAUGGUGCUCACGGUGACUAUAAUCCUUUUGAUGGACCAGGAGGAACAUUGGCUCAUGCUUAUUUUCCAGGAUCAGGCAUAGGCGGAGAUGCUCAUUUUGAUGAGAGUGAGCAGUUUUCACAAUACAACAGAGGAGUCAACCUGUUCCUUGUUGCUGCACAUGAAUUUGGGCAUUCCUUGGGACUGAGACAUUCGAAUGUCCCAGGUGCUUUGAUGUACCCUACCUAUUCCUACGUUGACCCAAAGAACUUCUACCUCCCAUAUGACGAUAGGCGAAAGAUUCAGAGAUUAUAUGGAACAAAGAAAUGAAACCCUCAAAAGAAUCUCAUGCUGCAUUUCAACACUAUGAAGUAUUUAUAUUUUGUUUUGUACACAUUUGUUGGGGGGGGGGAGUCCUUUUUUCCAUAA